CUUGAACGAAUAAUAUGUCGUGAUAGCUUACAGCUCGAACGGUAAAAGCAAAGUCAUCGAUCUUAAAAAUGACGCAACAAUGGUCAUUGUUGACCACGUCAUGCACCUGUCGUAGUAAUUGCAAUGGGCAGUUAUGAUUGUUGGCGGUUAUGUAAUUAAGCAGAUCCGAUAGUCAUUUGGUUGAAUGCAGUAACACUACAAUGGCGGAAGGACCGGAGUUGAAUUUUUUCGACUUGCAUAUGGUGCAUGAUUAUUUUGACCAAUCUCUCACGGAAAAUGACGAUAUCGUUCUGAAAGCGUAUCUAGACGCUUACAAUGAACUCUACAAAUUUUUCCAGUUAAUGGGCAAUGUCUUUAGUUUUGUUUCUUCUGACCUGAAGCAAAAGAUAGACAUCCUGACUAAUUUAUUAAAGAAAAAUGAUCAGCAAUAUAAUACUGUGAAAUCUAUGAUUGAAUAUGAGAAGGAAAACAAACUGCUAGAAAAACCUGAUCUUUCCAAUGGCACACGUACUUUAUUGCGACUACAUAGAGGCUUAGAUUUUAUUAGAGAAUUCUUGCGACAAUUGGGUGAUCUCUCAGAUGGUGACAAAACAUCUAGUUGUUGUCAAGAUGCAUAUAACAAAACCUUGGCAAAGCAUCAUCCAUGGGUAAUCAGGAAAGCCGCAAUAGUUGCCAUGUAUGCUAUGCCUAAUAGGGAGGCCUUAUUAAAAAAGGUCUGUGGUGAAUAUGUUCAACGAAACAUAGAUGUUCUGCCAAAAAUGUUGGAGGUCACUGCCGACGUGUUUAAUCGCACUGACAUCAUCUACGAGACUUACCAGUUGCAUACUCUACCAUAAGUGAUCGUAGAAAAUAUAAAAAUGAUACUUUCAUUCGAUAUUUUUAGCUUCGCAAAGCACCGCACGCGACAUUCCAUAUUCUUAAGAUAUUGUGAUAUUAUUGUGGUAUAAGAUAUACUGUAUAAUACAAUUAUACUAUUAUCGAUAAUAACAUAUAAUAAAUAAGCACACUCACUUUUGGGAAAAUACGUAUUCCAUUACGCGCGAUCGAUACUUAUAUAUAAUCAUAUAUACUUGAAAUGUACAAAUAGUUGCACAGAUUAAAUAAGAUAGUAAAAUGUAUCACUUUUACACACAUGAUCUUUUGUCAUUUUAGCUUUGUAUGCAUUACUAAGCUCGAAGAUGAUUUUACUGGGUAAAAGAAUUUGCUAGGGACAUAUUCGGUCAAAACCGAUGAUCUCGUAUGUAUAUCGUUUAUAAGUUAUUUUAAUGUUUCUACAACAGUAUUGUAUAAAAAUUUAUUACUGAUAAAAAGUCCAUAAUGAAAUUAAAA